ACUCUGUAUACUUUCAAAGGCUCUUUAAUUUAAUUACUGAUUUAAACUAAUUGUACGGUUCCGAAUAUCUAGUAAAAAUGGCUUACGACGGCCAGGUAAUAGCAGACAUAAUGAAGGACAUUGGCUGUGGUGAUGGCUUUCACGUACCGGUGGCAAAUGAAGAAAAUCAAUCACUUGAAAAUGAGAUAAAAGAAUUGCUAAAAAAAAAAGCGGAACUAUUGGUUACUGAUGAAUCAUUGGAUAAUGAAUUACGUGAUAAUAAAAAUAUAUUAACCAACUUAUCAUCUCAUGAGGUUCAAAAUCAGAAAUUGAUCAUAGCAAAUCGUCAACAAUAUGAGACGGAACAACAUAUGCUGAUAGCAGCUCAAAAAGACAACGACUAUUUAUCUCGGGAAAAUAAAGCAUUGAAACAAAAUUUAAAUGAAUUGAUUGAAAAUCAGAAUAAAAUGGAAAAUGAGUUGGUAAAAAACGACGAACAAAUUAAAAAAUUGAGGGAAACUAUCGAGUGGGGUGAAGAAACACUUUUGGCAUGGAACAACGACUUGACCAAACGAUGUACGGAUGUAAAUAUUCUUGAGACAUAUCAUCUAGAGGAUAAUAACAGGUUUAAGGAAUUAGAAUUACGAAGACAAUAUCUUCAAAGAGAUGUAAUUGAAAGAGAGUCUAUCGUGGAAAAAGAAGUAAGUGAACUCCUUCAAGUAGAAAGAGAACUAGAACAAACUGCUAAGUUAACUAAACAAGCACAACAUGAAAGAAACCAUCGCCUUGAACAAUGGGAGAAUGCUGCUAAUUUUUUAAACUCUAAUCAAAAAGAUUCGCAGAAUACCGUUGAAGAAAUAAAUAAAAUUAGAUUUGCUGCACGUGAAGUGUAUGAUAACAUGAAUGAGAAUAAACAAAAGUAUCAAGAAUAUUUGGAGAAAAAUGAAGAAUUAGAAUAUAAAAUUGAAGAAGUAAUUAAAGUCAACAAUGAGCUGAAGUUAUCAACCAUUAAUAAGCUUUCGGAAACUGAAGAUUUACAAUCAGAGGUAUUGUCUGUUCAAAAAGCUCUUAGUGCUGUGGGUAAUAAGUUAGAAAACGAACGUACAAAACGUAAGCAUAUGGAAAAUGAAUUAACAAAGUUGAAAACUCAAAUACAACAAAAAGAAAAAGGCUUGGCAAAAGUAAAGGAUGAUUUGUCUAAAAUCAAAAACCAGUCUAUGACCACGGAGGAGAGGUUAAAUGAACUAAAUUUGAUCUACAAUCAAAAAAAAUCUGAAGCAGAAAAAUUCUUAUCAGAAAAAAAUAAAAUGCUUACUGCCGCGUAUAAUAUAAGAAAUGAGAUAAGUCAGGAAAAAAUUAAUAUCGAUUUGUUGACAAAUCAAUUAGAUCGAACUUGUAACAAACAAAAUAUAUUGAGUAAAGAAGAGUCGAAAAUAAAAAAACUGAUUUUGGAAAAAAAAGAAAUCAUAUACAACUUGAGCUUUCAACUCGAAACUAAACGUAUAGCAAUUGCUGAAUCCAAAGGAACAACGGAUAUUGAAGAAACGAAAGUUUUGCAAGAAAAGUUACAAAAAUGUAAUGAAGAGUUAAGUCAGGCCUAUGAACACCAACGUGAGUUGGAAAAGCAAUUGAAAUCGACUGAAAGCGAAACCCGACGUAUAACUAAACAAAUUGAAAAAAAUGCCGAAGAAUUAGAAAUGCUUCGAAACCGAGUAGAAGAGUUGAACGUUACCAAUGAAGGAGGUGUAAAACAAAUUCAAGUCUUAAAGGAAACAAAUCAUCGGUAUCAUAUGGAAGAAAUGAUGGUGAAGCUCAAGAUAGAACAAAUGAAGAAGUUAACGGACAACGAAUGUGAAAAAGUGUAUUCGUUGGCUCAGCAGCGCGAAGAAUUAACUGUGAGCAUAAACAAUAGGAAAAGUGAAGUAUCAGAAAUUUAUAAACGAAUCAACGAGGAGAAAAAAUUGUUGUCAGAUGAAAAGUCAACGAUAAAACGCAAGCUGGAUUCGUUGGUUCAGUACAUUGAACAGCGAAAGACCAAACAUCAGAUACUUUUGUCUACGAUGGGUGGGGCUUCGACGACAGUGGAUGACGGCGAUGGCGAUUGCGACGAUACAGAUUCAGAUUUAUCUUCGUUUAGGAUUAGUGAGCACCGGAUCCGGGUGGCCCAAGAAAAGCUCGAGUUGCAGGAGACUGGUGACCGACUGGACGAGCGUGUGCAGAAGCUGGAGACUGAGAUCCGAGCUAUGGAGAAUACAUUGCGCGUACUCAAUGCCAACAAUAAUUGUUACAAGUCCGGAAUGUCUUCCGUUAACCCGGCCAGCGAAGAAUACAAAGAAAAGAUUGCUUUAGAGGAGACUUACGAAAAACUCAACAGCAUGUGGCUGCAGAAAAAAAAAACGCUUGAAAAUUUAGAGAACGAGAUUCAAGAUCUAGAAGUAAAGUAUAAAACAAUCAAUGAAGAACUAGGAAACUUAAUCAAUAUUCGAGACAUUAAAGACAGUGAACGUGAACGUGUGCUCAAAGAGUCUAAUGAACAAAUAAUGAAACUAAACCGAGCAAAUAACCGAAUCGAGUUUGAUAUGAAAACAAUUGACAAGUGUUGUAAUCCCGAAAAACGGAGUGCACUUGAAUUAAUAAAACGGGAUAUCGUAGUGAGGAUGAUGAAAAAAGUGAAUAAAUGUGUUUUGGAGCAGUUGUCGGAAAUGUCUGUUCGACAUAUCGGAGUUGAACCGACCGUCAAGCAAUAUCUAUCAGAAAAGAACUUAGAGCUACCUGCUGUGUCCGGUCUAUUUUUAAAUCAAGUCAAAUCCAGUUGUGGUUCUAGUUCGGUGUCAUUGAUUAGCAGCAACUCCAGUGUUAAAAGUUAUUCAGACGAAGACAAGCAGUGUUCGUACUCUGUAGUGAACUUAGGACCUGCGGCUUUAAGUGGCUCCAUUAAAUCCGGUACAUCAAUUGUGACGAAACGAAACAAAUGAAGAAACGUUUUAAUUUUACGGAUAAAUAUAUUUUUAAUUUGAGUGCAUGUGA